GCCUCUCCUGUAUUAAAAAAAAGAAAAAAGUGUUAAACUAACAAGUAGCACAAUCACACACAUCCAGAUGACCCAUCGUAUGCAUAUCAAAGAAACGCAUUACAACAAUGAAGGCCGCUGCGCAGCAUCAAACGAUUCCACAGGGCUGGCGUCGAGGACCAUCACGUGCGCCCCGCUUUUAAGGCUCCCCCUAAUCCAUCUCUUCUAUAGGGAUCCCUCAAGCAUAUGCACCCCAAUACAAGGGAGACGCUGACGCAUAUGCUUGACGGAUUUCCACAGGGAUGAAUAGGGGAGAGGUCUAACGCUUGAGUCAGCUGAUCGGAGACGGUGAUCAACAUGUAAAAACACGCAAGAAUGAGAGGACACAGUCGAAGAACAGUAUCAAUAUGACACAAACAGCUUCUGAGCUAGAUCAUCACAAGGCGAGGAAGCAAAAGAUAAAGGACAACUUUCAAAAGAAUUACAACAUCAAAACUCGAGGAAAACUACAAUAUGCUGUAACCACAACUAGUACAACUACAACGACCACGACGAAACUUAACAAGGCCAAAGACCGUCCCUACCUCCAGAAGAAAGGCAACACUCGUCAAAACAUGCGUCAAAAGAAAGACGAUAAACGACAGUUUGCUGAGCCCCUGAGCAUUGUCCUACGAGAGCAUGGCUAUGGUACUAUUAGUAAUGGCUAUGGUCUUGAGCAUGGCUAUGGUACUAUUAGUACGUCUCAGUACAAGACGAACUACCUCCAGAAUCAGCAAACAAGUCGUGAUUUCUGGCGAUCCAUAGCCGAAGAGUUAACGACAAACUUGGAACGUCGAAGUCGACGUGAUCUCUGUCUUGGUUUGGAUGCCUUGUCGAAGCACUGGAAGAACGAACAAAAGUCAGAUCAAGAGGGAGAGCAUCAUUCGCAAGAACAAGCUACUACUCCUAGAGAGACACAAGACGAGCAAGAUGAAGCUACAGCUUUCUUUUUAUGCAAUCGUGGAGGAAAAAUUUCUCAUCAACUUUUAUUUUUCUACAAUAUUAUAUAUAAUUGUCACGUUGUAGCACCAGUUGGUGUCAGCACGUAACACUAGUAGUUGAUGUAGUCUGCUGAAACUACAAGAACUUCUGCUAUUUACUUCGUUUUCGCUCGCUUACGCAUACGCUCUAACAGAAUCCGCCAAUUCCCCCUUCUGUCGCAAACUACUAGUGCACCUGACUCCAGCACGACUUUCGCGGAGUUAUCGUAUGCAGGACACUCUUUUGUUACUUCAAAGUUUCUUGCGGGGGUCCUGCAAAAGUUUCACUGACAGUUUCGACGGUCAAGGCCAACAACAUCGUCCAGUUCUACAUCCCGUAGUCGAUAUCUUGUUGUCGGAUAUGGAAGGGAAAUUAGAGAAGUUGAGAGGGGAACUACAACUACUUCAGCAGAGCUACAAGAGGUUGCCUGUCGUAGAGAACAAGAGGCUAAUUUCAGUGGAUCGUGCUGAUACAGGUGCACGACGCGAUGCUGGAGGCAAGCAAAGCCAGAGUAGAAGUAGAAAAGGAACAGACAAUGCAGCUGCUCUUCGCACCGACUGCCUCCAGCAAGGUCAGCAGGCUUUAGAAGACCUAGACUCUUUGAUUCAGUGGCUAACGUCUUCUUCUAGUACCAUUUGUUCGGAUGAGAAGACUACAACCAGGUAUCAUGGUCUUCGAAUACAGAAAUUGUUCCAUCAGGCGAUGGAAACUUGUGCCACUUCUAUGUCUUAUCCUCCGCUUCCGGACAAACAUCGUGAAGGUCAGGAUCAGGAUCAUCAUAUGAGUCUACAACAGACUUCCACUUGCUCUUUCUAUGACCUCCAACUGAGCCAAUUUCGUCUUCACGUCCGAACAUUAUAUGGCUGCACACGCACAGUGGAAAGUUUUGAUCUUUUGCAGCGGGUUGAAGCCAAGAAUUGUUCAACAGGUGGAGACGGAGUACCUCAAGGUGGAGUGCAAUUGCUUUUAUGACGAGGCACCUGCUUCAACAUCACGACCUCUAACAAGUUACUGCUCUUAACCUCUACGACCUCUAACAGUGUUGCAGCUAGCCGACCAGUAUAUAUCUUCGCAAGGCACAUCAAGCACAUCCUCUUCCCCACGUGCGCCAACAGGGCAGGACGAGGGCGUGCGCCUCAUCAAACGGGUAAGCAAGACGUGGCGUAAUCUGUCGGAAGUUGAUUGCUUGGCACUCCUAUGCUUCUCGAUAGGUCGUCUUUCGAUAUUAGAGCUGGAACUGAGACGGAGAAAGGCCCAUAGAGAGAGAGCUUCGAAGAAAAAGAGUCGUAUUGAUAUGGAGGAGGAGAAAACGGAGGAUCCCGGAGUGAUUAGCGCGGACGAUGUCCCACAGCACGACGACAAUGUGGAUCAUGAGCUACAAUGUGGACCAUCAGAUGCCUCAAGAGGCACGAGCACUACUCUGCAGAGUACCACAGGAGCGAUUGCCGCGCCAUCAAAGGCGUUUCUGAAAAAGCUACUAACGCGAAUAGCAGGAAGAAUUGUCGUGUUGCAAGAGAACAAUCAACAGCAAGCCCACAAGAAGAACGGCAUGUCAACAAGAGCAAAAGUCGGUCUAGAAGACGACAAAAACAGCGACCUCAUGUCAGUAGCACAACUAGCUGUAGUGACGCGGACAUUCUUGGAGUUCGGGCUUUUCUCUGUACGCUUCGUCCUGCACCUUCUGAAUAUCCUAGGGCAAACCCCAGAAUGGAAGCAAGUCCAACGUGAAUGUGAGACCAAAGUUGAGCUUCAGCCGGUUGGGAAACUGAAUGAAGUAGAGGUCUCAUUUACCAGAAACGAUCAGAAGGAGGAUAAUUACGUUGAGACUAAAACAACAAGUUCGGAGGAAACGGGCUACAUGAGCACUUCUGCAGAUUCACAAACCUCAUUAGCUAGUACGAAGGUGAUGACAAUAGCAGACUACCUUGCUAUGACGAGUAAAACCGACAGGGCUUCGAAGAGUACUUCUACUUCGCAAGAGGAUGAUCCCUUCAACACGACCUUUAUUGAUGAGAAGAACGCCCGGGGGGAGGAGCUCCACCGGCAAAGAACAUCAAGACUCGACCAAACGAGUCUGAAGCGAUGUAUCCGCACGCUUCGAGGAAGCACUCGUCGGCUUUUGGCACUAUGGAAUGACAACUAUACGCUAUCUCCUGUUGAACAAGAGCAAGAAUCAGAGCUACAGAUGUGGGAAGCUCGAUUGAACAAAGCGAUGGACCAUAUUUUUGGAAAUAAGGUAGCUUAGUCUGACUUUGAUCGAUGUGUUACUUUAUCCUGGCCCAAGAACAUCUAAUUGUUCAUUUUGAAUUUUAUUCGUUCUUGAAAAACAAGACGGAUUACUUGUUACGCAUUUUGAGAUGCUGGCGGGGUUCUUAAUCUGGA